AUGGCGUCCACAAGCGAGCAUUUCUCAAAGUUCUUCGAGUGCUGGCUCGCAGAGCAAGACCGAGACCUCCAAGCCCUCCGAGAAGCCGCCGCAGAGCCAGCACCGGGUUCCGAAGCCGCCGCUGAGAUCGAAGAACUCCGGCUCCGGCAACUCAUCAUUCGAGUGAUGGAACACUACGAGUACUACUACAAAGCAAAAGGGCAGUCUGCGAAGAGGGACGUGGUGGCGAUGUUCUCGCCGAAGUGGACGAGCUCGACGGAGAACCUGUUUAUCUGGGUCGGAGGGUGGAGGCCGAGCUCGGCCGUUCAUAUCCUCUACUCAAAGUCAGGGAUCCAGUUCGAGUUGAAGUUGAAUGAAGUUAUUAGUGGGAUGGAGACGAGGGAUUUGGCCGGACUUUCGCCGGAGCAGCUGAAGAUGGUGGAUGAGUUGCAGAGGAGGGUGAUAAAGAAGGAGAGAGAGAUAACGGAGGAGGAAGCGAAGGUGCAGGAGAAGGUGGCGAACAGGAAGAUGGUGGAGGCGGUGGAUGUGAUGACGGAGAUGGUGGAGAGGGAGGUGGAGAUGGUGGAGAAGAUGGAGGAGGAGAUGAAGAGGAGGAGAGGAGAUAUGGAGAGAGUGCUAGAGAAGGCGGAUGGGUUGAGAAUGGAGACGAUGAAGGAGAUUGUGGAGAUGUUGAAGCCCAUGCAAGCUGUUCAUUUCUUGAUUGCUGCUGUUGAGUUGCUUCUCAGGGUUCAUGAGUUUGGUGUCGCCAAAGAUGCCGCCGCCGCCGCCGCCGCCGGCGUUCGACGGUGAGGUUGACUUGACCUUUUUGGUCAACUUCUUUCAUUUGCUGCUUCUCUGUUUCACUAGCUUUUAUUUUCAAGUGUUUUUAAUAUAAGAGACCUUUUGAGGUUUAUUCUGGAGAGUUUAUUUGAAUAAAUAUAAUGGUACUUGUUUUG